AUGGCUGAUGAGCUCAGUGAGCUGCUGCGGGAGUUUGACGAGGUGAUGGAGGACUUUGACCGAGGUCCCGCGUGCCAAUACGAGCAGCACCUGGAGGAGCUGAAGAGGAAAGCGGGACACAGCGUGUACGACAGCGGCAUCGAUGAGCUGGAGAGUACCAGCACGUCCCCGGGAAGCAGCCUCAACUCCAGCGAGGAGGACCUCAACACCCCUGCCAGCGCGUACCCCUCCAAAGCUAAGCUGGGAGACACACAGGAGCUGGAGGAGUUCAUUGCGGACCUGGAUAAAGUGUUGGAGGAGGACCACCCCGAGCGCGGGCUGGGUCCCCUCCCGGGGGCACGGAAGCGGGUGAGCGGGUACCGGGGGACGGCUUCUCCGCGGGUCCCGGGAAACACCAACGUCUUUUCUUGGUAUUGA